UGCUUUUCAUGAGUUUGGAGUGCGCGAGUUAGCGGGGACUUUCAGAUCCUGGUUCGACGCAAAACGAGAUGCGGCUUCUUCCUCUUUGCUGAGGACAGUUAGACAAAACAUUUACACUUUCGAUGCUAAACAUUCAGCUUAACUAAUAGAGGCAAAGAACGUGAAACGGGUUAUAAAAGCAGGCAGAAUGAAGUGAAACCGGACUUGCCACUUUUCCAUUUCCUUAUUCUCGAGCAUUGUUGCUUCUCAAUGCUGAAACUGUAAAAGUGAAGGACAAGUUCAGGCUGGAGGUUUGAAUCACUGUGCAUCAGGAACUGAUAUGUUUGGGACCAGGCGUGCACCUGUUUCGUGUCUCCUAUCAUGGAUCAUCUUGGUGUGUGCUUUCGUUGUGGGGACGUAUCGCUGCAYGGCCUCCCCGGAGAACACUGGAUGCAGUGUGAAAAGUGACACAGCUGACUGCGCUCACCUUAACCUGAGCGCCGUGCCUCAAGACUUACCUGAGAACAUCACCAGCCUGGUUUUGUCUCACAACAGGCUGGCGCUAAUCCUCCCCGACGCGCUGAACCGAUACAAGGGCCUGUUGCGCCUUGAUGUGAGUUACAACAGCAUUGCCAAGCUGGGCGAGGCCUUGUGCCAGAACCUGCCUUUGCUGCAGAUUCUAAACUUGGCGCAUAAUCAAGUGGUUUCUUUAAGAAAAGAACAUCUGGAGCACUGUACCGGCUUAACGUGGUUGAACUUGGCGAGCAAUAGGCUAAAACUGCAAGGAGAGCCCUUCACUACACUGAAGAACCUGAAGUUUUUCGAUGUAUCUCAGAACAACCUGCAAACGGCCAUGCUUGGAUCACAGCCUCAGCUGCCCAGCUUGGAAACCCUGAAUCUCGGACACAAUGCUUUCACAUCUCUGAAAGCAAAAGACUUCUCCUUCCUUAAGGAUUCACCUUUUCUACRAGUUGUCAACCUGUCAGCUGUGUCUUUAAAAACAUUGGAGUCUGGGUGUUUAAAGCCCAUUUCAGGCCUGCAUAUGUUAAUCCUUGAUGGAAGCAGCAUCAGCAAUACCUUCAUUUCUAAACUCUGUACGGAGCUGUCAGGAACAGCCAUUGGUACUCUGUCUCUGAAGAAGAUAAAGCUUGUCACACUCAAUGAUAAAACAUUUACUGGCCUGCAGAAUACGAACCUAACUGUACUGGAUCUGUCCGAUAAUACCAUAAGCACAAUUCAAGAUGGCUCUUUUCAGUGGCUGUCCACACUUCAAACUCUAAUCCUGACAAACAACAACAUUAAGCGCUUGACCAAAGGAACAUUUCUGGGCCUUAAAAUGUUAAAGAAGCUACAGCUGACCAAAGCGUUGGUGAACAGUCGUAAAUCUUCUCUUCCAGUUAUUGAGGAUUUUUCUUUCCAGGCAUUAAGCAGCCUGGAGAGCCUGAUAUUACAAAAAAGUGUUUUUUCUGAAAUCACAGAGAACACCUUCACUGGCCUGACGAGUCUCACCGAACUUGAUUUGAGUUGGAGUAGUUACAUACAUACCUCACCGAAGCACAUCACCAGCAAGACCUUCGUCUCACUUGCCGAUGCACCACUGAGGAAGCUAAAUCUAACGGGAAACGCUCUACAACAAAUCGAUCCCGGUAGCUUCUCUGUUUUGACAAAUCUCACCAUUCUUCUUCUUGAUUACAACUUCAUCAAGCAAACUAUUGUUGGCAGAGAAUUUGAAGGUCUAAAGCAGAUCCAGGAGAUUCACAUGAUCAAUAACGUCCAGUCACUUGAUCUGACGGCCAGCUCAUUUGUGAAUGUGUCCACUCUUAAAAUCCUGACUCUGGAGAAAAGCCUUAAAGCAGAAGCCUUGAACCAGGAUCCCUCUCCUUUUCGACCAUUGACCAACCUUACUGUUUUAGAUCUUAGCAACAACAUUGCCAACAUCAGAGAGAAUACGCUAGAGGGGCUCGAGAACCUCAAUGUGCUGAAGCUCCAACACAACAACUUGGCUCGGUUGUGGAAGUCAGCCAAUCUUGGAGGUCUUGUCUUGUUUCUGAAGGACGCAAAGAAUUUAAUAACUUUAACGAUGGAUUACAAUGGUCUGGAUGAGAUUCCAUUGGAGGCUCUUAGGGGUCUGAGUAACCUCAGAGAGCUCAGUAUUGGUAACAACCUCCUUGACGAUCUUCAGUACUCUGUUUUUGAUGAUCUGAAGUCUCUUCGUGUUUUACAUUUGCAGAAGAACCUGAUCACCUCAGUCAGACCUGAAGUGUUCAGUACUCCMCUUAGCAAUCUCAGUGUGCUUGUCAUGGCUAAAAACCCGUUUGACUGCACCUGUGAGAGCAUCCUGUGGUUUGUGACGUGGCUAAACAGCACCAAUGUGACCAGUGUACCAGGUCUCAGAGACCAGUAUGUUUGCAACACACCACUAGCCUACUUUAAGCGCCCCAUCAUGGAUUUUGACCCACUUUCUUGCAGAGAUAUGACCCCGUUUCAGGCACUUUUCAUUCUCAGCAGCACAGUGGUUUUAAUGCUAAUUAUUGGUGCAUUUCUGGUYCGUUUCCAAGGCUGGAGGAUUAAGUUUUACUGGAAUAUAUUGAUCAACCGCACAUUAGGAUUUAGUGAUGCCAGAGCAGGAGAGAGCAGAGAGUUUUUGUAUGAUGCUUAUCUCAUACAUGCAGAGGAAGACACCACAUGGGUAGAAAGGCGACUGAUCCCUUUGGAAAACGAAAACAAUUGCCGGUUUUGUUUGGAGGACAGAGAUUCAAUUCUUGGAUUUUCACAGCUUGAAUCCAUUGUUAAUAACAUGAGAAACUCCAGAAAAAUCUUGUUUGUUGUGACCGAGCGUCUUCUCAACGACCCCUGGUGUAGACGAUUUACAGUCCAUCAUGCACUGCAUCAGGUCAUUGAAGCCAGCAGAGACUCGGUUGUCCUCAUCUUCCUGGAGGAUGUGCACGACUACAAACUGUCUCGCACACUUUUCCUCCGCAGAGGCAUGUUACGGUCGAGCUGCAUCCUGGAUUGGCCUCCACAGAAGGAAAGGAUAUCAGCCUUUUACCAAAACCUUUUCAUGGCACUUGGAAUGACAAAUCGGCUGCAGGAGGGAAACUUUGAUAUGUGAUGUUUUGAAUUUUACGCAGUCAGUGUUUUUAUAGUUGAUGCUUUCAUCUUGGCGAAGUUAUUGCCAUCAUUAGUACAUUUUCUGCCUUUAUAUGUACAUUUCAAUAAAUCAAUCAUGCUGUGUUCAAAUUGUUUAUUGUUAAAUAAGAGCACAAAAACCUAUUCAAGCCUUUACAUGGAUGAAGAGAUGUAUUAACACGACAAAAUACAGGGCGCUGCAGAGUUUGUGUAUCGUAAUUUAUGCAUUUAGAAAAGUUUUUUUAGUGCCUGUGUUGAGUAGAAAGCCAUCAUUUAAUACAUACUAAAAGAUGUAUUUUUGACUUUCAUUGUGAUAUUUCUUCAAUAAAAAAACAUUUAAAACAA